AUGGAACAAGUGCGUCCCGAGGAGGGCGCCAAGGUUGAAGAAGCCAGAGUUCAUGACUGCCGCGCAACGCUUCCUACACGCCUAAACUUAUCGGCUAAUAUCAUCAAUAUAAGCACUUCGGACCAUCAGGGUGGCCUCCCGAGCUCGAUAGAGAGAGUCUUCAAGGCCGGCUUCGCUGCCUACAUUUACAACAGCAUCGCUCACCCGCGCGAUCAGAUUGCCUUGACGCUUACCUGUCGAGCCAUAGCUCGGGCUAUCGCAACAGACAAAUCACUCACUCUCGCAUCGGGCACAACACAUGUCCACAACAACACCAGGCAAUAUGUCUAUGGCAAAGAACAUCUCCUGUAUGACCUCAAGAAAUGGCAUCUCAUACCGGGCGGUCUCCAGUUGUGCUCGGCCUGCUGGAAGUAUCUACCGAGAGACCGCAUCUGGAAGACUAAGGACGGGAAGCGGCAGCUGCGAGAGUUGCGAAUGGUGGACUGGACGUGGGCCAUAAUGAUGUGGAAGGAGGAGGUGAGGCAUGUCAAGAAUUGGACGAGGACUUGUCCGACGUGUGCUAUUCCGGACGAGUGGUGGGCUAGUGACAAUGGUGAAGACCACGGGGAGGAUGAUGGAGAGGCCAGGUUCUGUCAGGCUUGGGGAGAGGGUGUUGCGGAAAGAGUCAUGGUUGUGCAGAAGUACAAGAAGCGGAAGCGGGAGGCUGAUGAUGUAGAGUAG